AUGCGGAGAACCCAGCUCCCGAUUACCGCGUUGGCGGCGUUCUCGAAAUUGAACGACAUCUCGUUUCUGGAUAUUGGGGUUCAUGAUCUGGGAGAAAAGGGCUUCGGAUUGGUUACUGAGAGAGCACUUAGCUCAGACGACACCUUCGACACUCCUACUCUUCUUCUGAUCCCGCGCGAGCUUACCCUGUGCGCCGAGACCAUUGAAGAGUAUGCGAAAGCUGACCAGCAUUUUCGCCAAUUGCUAGAUGCCGCGGGCGGCAAGUCCCUGAGGGGUGAUGUGCUCCUGUUCUUGUUGAUGCAGAUCACCAUUGCUUCGCCAGACCACGGACAGAACGUAGGACUGUCAAGUCCCUGGACGGAGUAUGUUAAGAUGCUUCCAAGUGAAGUGCCAGUUCCGACUCUGUGGAACGAAGGGGAGCAAGAGGUAUUAUUACAGGGGACGUCGUUGGAGUCUGCCCUGAACGCUAAGAUGGCGGCGCUCUCUCGGGAAUUCGGGAAUCUUCGUGAGAGGACAGCGGAGAUCCCGUGGUGUCAGAAAUGUUGGUGGGAGUCGGAGGCACUCCAGUUUUCGGACUGGCUGCUUGUGGAUGCCUGGUACAGAUCCAGAUGCCUGGAGCUCCCGAACGCUGGCGAGUCUAUGGUUCCCUGUCUGGAUAUGGUCAACCACUCACAUCAAGCGAACGCUUUCUAUGAAGAAACCUCCAACAACAGUGUUGCUCUGUUACUCCAUCGUCGCGAUGAGAAACUUGACGCAGGUUCGGAAGUCACCAUAAGCUAUGGAACUUCCAAAAGUCAAGCUGAGAUGCUGUUCAGCUAUGGGUUCAUUGACGAACAAAGCACCACGCGUAGCUUGGUCCUGACACUAGAGCCUGUCUCAGAUGAUCCGUUGGGCAGAGCAAAGCUGGCAGCAUUUGGUGGGCCACCAAUCAUCAGUAUAUCCGAGGUAGGGGGCAGCAUUACAUGGGAAAGUCCCUUCUUGUACCUGAUGUGUCUCAACGAAGAAGACGGCUUGGAAUUCAGGAUCCUGCAGCAGACUGACGGCACCUGCAGCCAAUUGAAGGUGUUUUGGCAAGGCUCCGAUGUAACAGACGCGACCAGCACAUUCGAGGCUCUUAUCAGUAACCAUGAACUCAAGGAUGUUUUCGGACUCCGAGUCGUCGUUCUUCUCCAAGAUCGGAUCCGCCAGCAGCUCGAGCGUCUCUACGAGAGUGAGGACACCUUGCAAUCAAUAAAUUCCAUGACGCAUGUUUCUCCGUAUCGGCGCCACGUCGCUUUGGAGUUGAGAAAGACAGAGACAGCGAUCUUGGAGGCUGCGUUUAGCGCCGCAGACAUGCAGAAGAACAAGCUCUUGGAGAACGAAAAGGUGAUGGAAUAUCUCGGGAUGGGUAACGCCAGCGAAGAACAGCCACAGUCACACGAGGCCAAUAAUCAUGAAGAGGAGGAUUUUAGUUGA